AUGGGCUCGUCCGGGAUUUGAACCCGGGACCUCUCGCACCCUAAGCGAGAAUCAUACCCCUAGACCAACGAGCCGUGUUGUAGAUGGUUUUUCAAAUAAAGAAUAUCACUCUUCAAUACUAUAUAAUAAUGCGUAUACACUCGCACACACGCAUUUACGCAUAAGCCGUUAUCUAUAUCUUAUUAACUGCGCGAUAAUUCUUUCGCGAUGCGUGGCACAUGUCCAACAUGGCGGGCUACGAUCAGCAAGACUUCAACAGGAGUGCGUUGACGCUCGCUAGCGGACGGGCAUGGUACACCGGUCAAAAAGCGGAAAAGGUUCCUAAUGGUCUGAUUGGAGUUGUUGGUCACGAUUGUAUAAGCUUGGAUCUCUCCUAUAAUGAAUUGAUCUCUAUUUCUGGCGUGAAAGAUUUUGAACAGCUUCAGGAAUUGAUUCUGGACAACAACAAACUCGAGAAUCUUAAAACGCUAUCGCGCAUGCCGACAUUGACCACUUUAAGUUUGAACAAUAAUAAGAUAUCCAAUAUCGACAAAGCCCUCGAUAGGAUACGAGAAUGUUGUCCCAAUAUAGAAUAUGUGAGUCUCCUGGGCAAUCCCGGUUGUCCCGAUCAGCUGACCAAUCCGACAUCCACCGACGAAGACGAUUACGAACGUUAUAGGUUGUAUGCCAUCCAUAUUUUACCUCCCAGUCUUCGCUUUCUGGAUUCCCGAAAAGUCACUCAGCAAGAGAGAUUGGACGCUAGAACUCGCGGCAGGUAUUCCAAGACGAUCAAGCUCGUCCCGGAGUUGAUUCGCAAGUUUGUACCCAACAAUUCGACGCAUGCCAAUAAUGAGUUCGAUGACAUAUACUUCAAUAUUCAUUACACGCCGUUACCGAGUUCGUCACGCAAUCCUCAGGAUCACAAAGGUGCGUAUGGCAAGUGCAAGUAUCGAUAUUCCGGCAAGAACUCAGAAGGCAACAGAUUCAUCUUGAACAACGAUCUUUAAUCGAAUACUUUAUGUUUUUAAGCGUAUUAAAGUAUCAUUUUUCUACAUUAAUUAAAAAUUUUUCCUUAUUCGAUCAUAGUUAAAUUUUUUUUACUCAUUUUUCUAGUUAAAUAUGA